UUACUUUAUGGUUCAGGGCUACAAGGCAAGGAGAGUUAGGUUAACUCUAUAAUCUUUGUUUACAGGGUGGAAAUACCUGCUUGAAAAUAAUAUUUCAGAGACAACUGCUGUAUUUUUUAUUUUCGUUGACAUAAUUUUGAGGGUAGAAUACAGACAAAGUUCUGAGUUUUAAUUCUAUCGUUUCUAUUCAAGAAAUAUUGUAUUGCUUAUUCCGGUCAGAUGGCCUUGCGUACAGCAUUCAGGUUGGUCCAGUUGCAAUCUGUUAGACACUGUUCUAAAAAGGAAUUUCCAGAAGCGGAAAAGAAAGAAAUAAGACCUUUGAAAACUGAAGAUUUUAAUCUCCAAGCAUCAUUCAGUCGAAGUGGAGAUGAUGGAACAUCUAAAACCAUAAAUGGGGAUGUAUUACCUAAAGAUCACCCAAUUUUCAAUGCUAUAGGAGCUACUGAAGAGCUCCUUAGUUAUUUGGGGUUAGCCAGGGAAUAUGCUUAUGAAAAUGAGCAUGAUUACACCGAUAAAUUGAAAAGAAUUCAGACUAUAAUAAUAGAUAUAAGUACUGCCAUAUCACGUAUCAAAGGAACAAAUGGAGUAAAGCAGAUGCCUAAAAUAUAUACUCAAGAAUUGGAGGAUUGGAUUCAAGAGUAUUCUAAGGAGCUGGCCCCACUGGAGCAAUAUAUAAUUCCAGGUGGAGGUAUGCCAAGUGCCUCCCUUCAUAUUGCCAGGUCUAUCUGCAGAAAAACGGAAAGGAAGGUGAUUCCAUUUGUUCAAGAAGGUACACUUGAUAAGGAAACCUUAGUAUAUUUGAACCGAUUAUCAGAUUUUCUCCUGACAGUAUCUAGAAUUGCAGCAAAAAGAGAUCAAAGAACUGAAAGUAUAUAUAUUCCAACACCAGAUGAAACUAUUCAGUCACAGUAGUAUUCAUUUUCCAUUUGGAAAUUAUUGUUUGGCAUGUAAUUUAUAAUCUUAUAGACAUUAAGGUCAAGACAUGAAUUUGGCUAUUAUGUUGAAUGUACUACUGCUUUCUCUUCUAGUACAAUGAAGUUAUAUAUCAAUUAGGGAUGAGUAAAUGUGUUAAUUCAAUUUGUUGAAUAGAAAAACGAACAUUCAAUAA